AUGCUAAAAAAAAGAUGUACAUAUACUGGCGCGCCUCCCCGCCGGAGUGUCCCGCAUCCGCAUCCGCCGCCGCCGCUCACCCUCCUCCUCCUCCUUCUCUACCUAGCCGACGUCCGGCUUGCGCCUCCGCAGCUCCUCCUCUUCAUCACGCUGAUGUCCAGCAUCCACCUCCGCCAUUGCUCCACUAUGCCCAUGUCCCGCGUCUGCCUCCGCCGCCGCCUCUCCUCCUUCUCCAACUGCACCUCGCCGCCCUCACCAACCUGGUCUCCCCACGCCGCCUUUGCCGCGGCCACGGAGCGCGUCCGCGCCGGAACGCUCAGCCCGCAAGACGCACACCACCUGUUCGACGAAUUGUUUCGGCAGGCCACUCCGGUUCCCGAGCGCUCCCUUGAUGGAUUCCUUGCCGCCCUCGGCCGUGCCACGCCCUCUGAGGCCUGCAGAGACGGCCCCUCCCUCGCCCUCACCCUCUUCAACCGUGUCUGCCGAGAAGAAGCCGGCAUGCGGGUUGCGCCGCCAACCAUCUUCACCUACGGCAUCCUCAUGAACUGCUGCUGCCGUAUGGGUCGUCCGGACCUAGGGCUCGCCUACUUUGGGCGCAUCCUCAGGGCGGGCCUGAAGGCAAACCAGAUCGCCGCCAACACCGUCAUCAAGUGCCUCUGCUGCGCAAAACAUACCGACGAGGCUGUCAAUAUGCUGCUUCAUAGGAUGUCCGACCUCGGCUGUGUACCUGAUGCCUUCUCAUACAACACAGUUCUGAAGAGCUUGUGUGAAGACGGCAGGAGCUUGCAGGCGCUCGACCUACUGCUCCAGAUGGCGUCGAAGGAAGGAGGUGCCUGCUCCCCCGACAUGGUGGCAUAUAGCACGGUCAUCCACGGCUUCUUGAAGGAAGGCAAAGUAGACAAGGCAUGCAAUCUAUUCGAUGAAAUGAUGCGGCAAGGGGUUGUGCCUGAUGUGGUGACGUAUAGCUCGAUUAUCGAUGCAUUGUGCAAAGCUGGAGCAAUGUACAAGGCAGAGUUGUUCCUUCGGCAGAUGGUUGAUGAUGGUGUUCGACCGGAUGAGGUGACAUAUACUAGCAUGAUCCAUGGAUAUUCCACUUUGGGCCGGUGGAAACAGGUGCGUAAAAUGUUCAGAGAAAUGACAAGCCGUGGUCUUAUACCAGAUACUGUCACUUGGAACUCGUUCAUGGACUCCCUCUGCAAGCAUGGAAGAACCAAAGAAGCUGCAGAAGUUUUCUUUUCCAUGGCUGGAAAGGGCAGCAAGCCUAAUAUUGUCUCCUACACUAUUCUUCUUCAUGGGUAUGCCAAUGAAGGAAGCUUUGCUGAUAUGAUGAGUCUCUUCAAUUCAAUGAAAGGCGGCGGCAUUGUAGCCAACUGCAAAGUUUUCAACAUAUUAAUUGGUGCAUAUGCUAAACGAGGGCUGAUAGAUGAAGCUAUGCUCAUACUUACUGAAAUGCGGGGACAAGGACUGAGUCCGGAUGUAGUCACCUAUUCAACUCUAAUAUCUGCACAUUGGAGAAUGGGUAAGCUGACUGAUGCCAUGGAUAAGUUCAGUCAGAUGGUUGUUGGUACGGGAGUACAGCCGGACACAGUUGUUUAUCACUCCCUAGUUCAGUUCUUAUGUACACAUGGUGAUUUGGUGAAAGCGAAGGAGUUGAUUUCUGAAAUGAUGAAUAAAAGUAUUGCUCGUCCAAACACUGCACUCUUUAGUUCGAUAAUGGACAGUCUAUGCAAUGAAGGAAGGGUUAUAGAUGCACACCAUAUCUUUGACUUGGUUAUAGACAUAGGUGAGAAACCUGAUAUCAGUAUGUUUAGUACGCUGAUUGACGGAUAUUGCUUAGUCGGCGAGAUGGACAAAGCAUGUGGAGUACUUGAUGCCAUGGUAUCAGCUGGCAUUGAGCCUAAUGUCAUUAUGUAUAGCACACUUGUCAGUAGAUAUUGUAAACGUGGAAGGAUCGAUGAUGGGUUGAUUCUGUUCAGACAAAUGUUGCAUAAGAAAGUUAAACCUACAACUGUUACAUAUGAAACCAUACUGAAUGGAUUAUUUCGUGCUGGGAGAACUGCUGAUGCGAAGAAAAUCUUCGAUGAGAUGAUCGAAAGUGGAAUAAUGGUGAGCAUUUCUACAUAUAAUAUAAUUCUUGGAGGACUUUGUAGAAAUAAUUGCGCAGAUGAAGCGGUCGUCCUAUUCCAGAAAUUACGUGCAAUGAAUGUGAAGUUCAAUAUCACAACACUCAAUACCAUCAUUAAUGCAUUGUACAAGGUUGAAAGAAGAGAAGAAGCUAAUGAUUUGUUUGCUGCAUUACCAGUCAGCGGGUUGGUGCCUAAUGCUUCCACUUACGGAGUGAUGGUACAAAAUCUUCUAAAAGAAGGAGCAGUGGAGGAAGCUGACAGUAUGUUCUCAUCAAUGGAGAAGAGUGGUUGUGCUCCUAGCUCUCGUCUUGUAAAUGAUGUCAUCAGAACUUUAUUGGAAAAGGGGGAGAUAGUCAAGGCCGGAAAAUAUAUGUCUAAAGUUGAUGGGAAGAGCAUCUCACUUGAAGCUUCAACUAGUUCGUUGUUGUUGUCUCUCUUUUCAGGGAAUGGGAAAUAUCGGGAACAACUACAAUUGCUCCCUGCAAAGUACCAAUUUUUCGAUGGAAUCAGUUGA